AUGGACGUGGACCUGGAGGGGAUUAUCCAGUGCAUCACAGGGGAUGAGAAAGGUGUACAGACGCAGCUGCAGGAGUUCAACAAAAAGUAUGCCCAGUGCUUCUUCUUUGAUGCAGAGGAGAGGGACCGAAGGAAACAAAGAAAAUUAGAAGAGUUCAGGAAGAAUAAAGUGAGGGAUUACACUGAUUCUGACUCUGACUGUGACGACUACGACCAGGAGAAUCAAGGCCUCCUCCUCAGACAGAAUUUAGCUGUUGUCCUGGUGCGGUUCAUAAGAACAGGAGUUAAAUGUCGUCUGUUGAGAGUGUCUCUACGCACUCUGAGGAUCCUCUCCAGAGACAAAAAGGUCCUGGGCCCCUUGGUGACAGACAGCGCUCUCCUGACACUGGCCAAACUAGCCGGGCUGACCACAACCGAUGCAAGCGACGAAUCCAGCGACCCUGACUGUGAAUUCUACGAUCACAUCAUCGCUUCUCUUGCCCAGGCCAAAGCAUUGCGUUCUCGCACUGAGGACGACGAAGGCAAUGUUGAAGCCAGUGACCAAAACGAAGAGUGCUUCGACGAGGACGCAAAGAGUGACAUCAGCAUCGCCAACAGCGACAGAGAUCUGGACAGCCUCAGCUGGUUCGGCAGCCACAGGACCAGCAUCAACGAAAUGCACAGAGGCGGCGUCCAUCACAAGAUGCUGGAGCGAGGAAGGAGGGACCGCAGGGAGAGCAAGAUAGAGGGGGAGGAAGAGGAGGACGAGGGGAAUUCAGGAGAGGAGGCGCAGAGAAAAGAGGCCAUGAAAGUGCUGUGUAAUGUGGUGUACAACAGCACCUGGGCGCAGGAGAGGUUCAGUGCUCUCAGGCUCAUGUGUGGCCUCACAGAGCGCCUGUCGUCCAGUGUCAGUGGCUCAUCGCCCUCCAGUGUUCAGUUCUAUGAACUACGUCUCAUGUUCCUCAUUACUGCACUAAGGCGAGAGCUCAGCACUCAGCUUCAACAGGAGGGAGGUGUGUCCAUCCUCACAGCGGCUCUGGAGAGCUGCCUGGAGGUUCAGUGGAAGGACCAGUAUGAGUGUGUGCUGGACGCAGCAGCAGCACCCAUCUCACCGGACGCUGCUCAGUGUAUCACAGAAAUCCUCAAAAUCCUCUUCAACAUCACAUACAGCUCCCACAGGCAGGAGCCAAGUGAGGAUGAUGCAGCUCUUUACCGACACCUUGUGGCAAUCCUUCGCCUCUGCCUGAUGAGGAAGUGUUUACUUCCUGAUGACACUGAUGCUCUGCAGGGUCACACAGUGAACCUGCUGUCAGCGCUGCCUCUGCAGUGUCUGGAUGUGCUGCUGAUGGUUCCUCUGGAGCCAAACUCGGAGCAGUGCCAGGGGGUCAACAUGGACUGUGUCCAAACCCUGGUGCUGUUCAUGGAGAGACGGCUGGAGUCGGGUGAGAAGAUGAAAGAGAAGCUGACACCAAUCCUUAAUCUGCUGACAGAGAGCUGCCGGGCCCACAGAGAAACGCGCCAUUACAUCAGGAAACAUAUCCUGCCGCCUCUGAGAGACGCGUCACACAGGCCAGAGGAGGGCUCCACAGUGAAGAGUCGUCUGAUCCGUCUCAUGACUCACCUGGAUACAGACCUCAAACACUGCGCCGCUGACCUCAUCUUUGUCCUCUGCAAGGAAAAUGUGGGCCGUUUUGUCAAGUACACAGGCUACGGUAACGCAGCAGGCCUGCUGGCCACCAGGGGUCUGCUAGGCGGCCAGGUGUCCACGCCCCUCACCUCUGACGCCCAGUACUCCAGCGACUCUGACUCGGACACUGAGGAGUACCGACAGGUCAAAGAUCGCAUCAACCCGGUGACAGGGCGGGUGGAAGCGGAGCAGCCAGACCCCAUGGAGGGCAUGACAGAGGAGGAGAAGGAGGAGGAGGCCAGGAGGCUCAUCAUGCUCUUCAACAAGCUGUCCAGAGACAGCAUCAUCCAGCCAAUGGGAGUGGAUUCAGAGGGUAAACUGGUGCCGAUGUCAGGACUGGGAGAAAACUCCCUCGCUGAGGAGAGGAAGUCUGAGUCAGAUAACGAUAGAGAAGCAGAAGGAGAGAAGAACUGAAACACAUCAAAUCAAUUCAUUCAGUGUGCUGAUUUUAUUUUUCAAAUAUGUAAUUUCUAAAGUUUGACAGUGCAGUAUGUGUUGUAAAUGCACGGAAGUGAAGCAACAAGUCACAAAAGUCAGCGUACUCAAAAAAGGAUAUGAAAAGCUUUUUUUCCAUUAUUAAUUCUUAUCUUUUCUUAUUUGAAUUAAGACUAACAAUAUAGAGCAGCUACAAGGUCACACUGGUUUAAGUUGAACUGAGUAUAAAGUAAGAAGGAAAUGAUUUCAUAGUAAAAACAUGAUAAUAUUAUCCAAUAUUUUAAUAAAGUCUUGAAGGCAUUUUGUA